AGUUACUAUAGGUCAAUGUGCCCUUCCACACGUGUUUUCUGUAAUCUUGCAGAAGGGGCUGUAACACGGAUCUAGCCGGCUGUUAUCACCUGUCUUAACUAAACGUACUGCCUAUCUAAAGCCGUAUUUAUUUAAUUAGAGGCGUUAUUAGUGUUAUAUAAUCAUGCUAAAGUCAGUAGUCCGUGCGGUCGGAGCAGCAGUGCGUGUCUCCUCAGCCACCACAUCCACAGCCCGAGCUCUGCCACUCAGCUGCCCGACACUCUGCGCUCCGAGCUCGGCGACGACUCGGCCCUUCACCCGGUCUCUGUGGAUGCUGAAUAACAACGGAGCGUCUUCGGGAUACAGACCAAAGCUGUUCAGUUCAAAAGCGCUGCAUCCCUCACUAUCGUGUGGGUGUGGAGGACUGCACACAGAAGGGGACAAAGCAUUUGGUGAUUUCCUGUCAGAUGAAAUCAAAGAGGAGAAAAAGAUCCAGAAAAACAAAAGCCUUCCGAAGAUGUCCGGAGGAUGGGAGCUUGAGAUGAACGGCACAGAGGCCAAACUCACGAGGAUCGUCGCAGGAGAAAAAGUCGCUGUCACGUUCAACAUCAAUAACAGCAUCCCGCCUAACUUUGAGGAAGAGGCAGACCAGGGACAGCAGAAGGCGGCGGAAGAGGAGCAAGAAAUUGUGUCAACACCUAACUUUGUUGUUGAAGUAACGAAACAGGCUGCGAAACACUCCCUGGUGUUCGACUGCCAUUUCCCCGAAGACGAGAUGAGCCACGGGGAAGGAGAGGAGGAGAGCGACAUCUUCGCCAUCCGCGAGGUCAGUUUCCAGCCGGAGGGCGACUCGGACUGGAAGGAGACGUGCUACACACUCAACACAGACUCUCUGGACUGGGCUCUGUAUGACCACCUCAUGGACUUCCUGGCUGACCGCGGGGUCGACAACACCUUCGCUGACGAACUGAUGGAGCUGAGCACAGCUGUGGAACAUCAGGAGUACAUCAAGUUCCUGGAAGACCUCCAAGGAUUUGUCAAGUGUAACUAAUGUUCGAUUAAAAGCUACAUUUCAUUGUUCUUUAAUGUUCUUCCUGGCAAAGUGGGAGGAGUGAUAGUAUGAUAAUGUUGCAGCGCUGAUGAUUGAUUGGUUGAUAUUUUUUGACACUCUAAAGACUCGUACCAUCGCUUCCUAUAGUGUCACCGAGCGUUGGCCAACACUCGGCUGCGAAUGUGUUCGCUUUGUUAAAAUGUGAGUUUAUUUUUCUGUAACUUAAAUUAAAUAUAUGAAGGUC